AUGUCGGAGGCUCUGCCUCACCCUCCAAUCCCUCGCGAUCCGAAUCCCGUGAAGAUUGUUGAAGUUGAGAUGUUCGGUUCUCCAAGUUCUUCAGUUCCCAAAACUGUUUAUGGGUCUUCUCCGUCGUUUCCUACUGCCUCAGGAUCAUUGGGGCAUGGAUCUGGUUUUAAUUGGGCUAAGAAUCUUAGCUCCGCCGGAAAAAUUCUUGAAUCCAAAGCUCUAUUUACAAUCUCUGAUUCAGGGCGUCCCCGAGUCAAAGUGUCGAAUGAUGUCUUUGAGCGUGGGGCGAAACUCCAUAGCGAUUAUAUUGUAGGAAUCUUUUAUGGAAAACCUCUCUCUUACGGGAAGAUUUGGGGAGUUCUCAAUUACCUCUGGGAAAGGGACAAGAAAGUAUCGAUUCAUAACCUUACUUCAAACGCCUUCCUCUUUCAUAUUAUGUCGCCUUCGCUUCGGAAAAAGAGAUCGGAGUUCAGCUUCAACCCUCCAUCUCUUGAUAGAGCUCCGGUUUGGACGAUUAUUAAAGGUAUUCCCUUUGAUCUUUUAACUCCUGAAGGUUUGGGAAUUGUCUGUCAUCCGUUGGGAAAAGCGGUGGAUCAUAAGCCGUUUCCAAGUAUUUCAUCUGCUGAUGUAAAGGUUGUGGUGGAUCUUACAAGACCCUUGCCCCCGGAAAUGGAGUUAGAGAGAGAUGAUGGGCAGAUUUUGAUUCUCCAAGUAAGCUAUCCUUGGUUGCCUCCUAUGUGUCCUCUCUGUGGUGAAAUAGCCUCAUUUGCGCUCUCAAGACCAGAGGAAAGACAGAGCUCCACAAAGGAAGCUAUGCCUCAAUGGAAACCGGUUUCUGUGUCCAACCCUUUGGAAGAAAAAAACUCAGAAAGUCCAGAGACAUCUGAUAUGGCUAUCACUCUAGUUAACAGUCCCACUUUGGAUUUGGUUCCUGCUUUUGUUGAGAAAGAUAGAGUCUCUCCUCCUUCAGUUUGUUUGGAUUUGGUGGUCACAGAUAAAUCUUCAUCUCCGAUACGAAAAUUAGCACAUAAGAAGCUUCCGGAGUUAACUUCUUCUUCAACUCCAAGGCUAUCUAACUCUUUUGACAUCCUCAGUGAUAAUAAUUUACCUUUGGAGAUUUCGGAUUCAUGUACUCAGGCAGCUGAUUCUCUUGCUCCGUCUACUAUUCCGAGGAAAAAGAGGAAGGUUAACUCCUUUUUAUCAACUGUUUCGAGUGAUGAUCCCCCACCUCCUGGGGUGAUGCAUCACACUCCCUGA